GCUACGGCGGCCGCGCGGGCGGCGGGGUCGGGCCGGGCGGCGGGGCGCGGGCGGCGCCGCCAUGGGCAACCUGUUCGGCCGCAGGAAGCAGAGCCGCGUCACGGAGCAGGACAAGGCCGUGCUGCAACUGAAGCAGCAGCGGGACAAGCUGAAGCAGUACCAGAAGAGGGUCACCCAGCAGUUGGAGCGCGAGCGCGGCGUGGCCCGGCAGCUGCUGCGGGACGGCAAGAAGGAACGGGCCAAGCUGUUGCUCAAGAAGAAGCGCUACCGAGAGCAGCUCCUGGAGAAGACAGAGAAUCAGAUCACCAGCCUGGAGGCCAUGGUCCAGAGCAUUGAGUUCACCCAGAUCGAGAUGAAGGUGAUGGAGGGGCUGCAGUUUGGAAAUGAGUGUCUGAAGAAGAUGCACCAGGUGAUGUCCAUCGAGGACGUGGAGCGGAUACUGGAUGAGACCCAGGAGGCCGUGGAGUACCAGCGGCAAAUAGACGAGCUGUUGGCGGGGAGCUUCACCCAGGAAGACGAGGACGCCAUCCUGGAGGAGCUGGACGCCAUCACUGAGGAGCAGGCAGAGCUUCCGGACGUGCCCUCGGAGCCCCUUCCUGAGACGAACCCAGAGCGCGUGCCGGCCAAGGCCAGGCCCCGGCAGGCGGAGCCGGUGGCAGCCUCGUAGCAGCUCAGGCGUGGACUGGCAGGGGCUCCUUGCAGCCGGGCGCACGGAGCAGGCGUGGCCAGCCGCCGGGCUCCA